AUGCGCUUCUUCAGAGAUGUUGCUGCCCUGGCCGCUUCAUGUCUCUUCCUCACAUCAACAGUCGAUGCUCACUCGAAGGCAAGAAAUCCUUUAAACUACAUAUCAUUAAUCGAAGACCCCCGGUUACAUACACCUUCGCAAAGAGUACAUGCUUUCUCAACCUUCGACAUAACCUUCGACCUUCAUAACCAUGCCGAACAUGUUCGAUUAAGUCUAGAACCCAAUCAUGACAUUAUCCACGACGACUCAUACACCGAAUUUAUCGACAAGGAUGGCAAUGUCAGGCAUGCCGAAAAGAUGCAGAGAGAGGAUUACAAAGUCUACCAAGGUCAAUCUUACGUCGUUGACGAGGAUGGUAUUUCUUCUCACGUUGGUUGGGCUCGCAUUUUCGUAUCCCGAGACGGCGUUCGCCCUCUUUUCGAAGGCGCCUUCACCAUCAUGGGCAACCAUCAUCACAUUCAAUUGAGUUCUGCUUACAUGUCGACGAAGCAUGAGUUUGAUCCCGAACUAGAAUUGGACGACGACGAGUACAUGACUGUGUGGCGGGACAGCGAUGUCAGCCAACAGGAUCCUUAUCGUCACCUCGAUCUAAAACGUAGUCUCGCAAAGUCAUGUGGUUCCGACCAGCUGGAUUUCAACACCCAUCCCGAUCAUCCUAUCUACCGCGAGCUGAAGCUAAGGAGGGAUGAAAGUACUUGGGGAACCAUGUCUGUGGCGAAUCUAUUUGGCAAACGUCAAAACAUCGACGGCGGUGGUGCCGGAAGCGGUAACUCUGCGGGUGUCAAUCUUCGAUCCACCAUUGGGAGUACAGAGGGUUGUCCUACCACCCGCAAAGUUGCCCUUCUUGGUGUUGCCACGGAUUGUUCCUAUACUGCCAGUUUCAAUUCUACUGACUCGGUCCGAGCCAACAUCAUCAAACAGGUCAACACCGCCUCCGAUUUGUAUCAGUCUACAUUCAAUAUCACAUUGGGGCUGAGAAAUCUGACUGUCUCUGAUGCCGAAUGCCCCGGGACAGCCAGUAGCCAAACGCCGUGGAACGUGGGCUGCAAUUCCGGCGCCGAUAUCACUCAACGGCUGAAUCUCUUCUCUGCAUGGCGAGGACAGCGGGGCGAUGACAAUGCGUACUGGUCACUAUUCACCACUUGCAAUACUGGAGCCGAAGUUGGUCUCGCCUGGCUUGGUCAAUUGUGCAACCAUGGAGCUACCAGUCAAACAGAUACCAGUGGAAGCUCGCAAAGCGUGACGGGAGCCAAUGUCAUCGCCAAGACGUCCAGUGAGUGGCAAGUGUUUGCCCACGAAACGGGUCACACUUUUGGUGCAGUUCACGACUGUGAUUCCAGCGCGUGUCAGGACUCCAAUGUGGUCAACUCGGGACAAUGCUGUCCUGCGAGCUCAUCCACCUGUGAUGCCAAUGCUCAGUACAUGAUGAACCCCUUCUCGGCCGCUUCCAUCUCCACCUUCUCACCAUGCUCAGUCGGCAACAUUUGCAGUGCCAUUGGCCGGAACUCCGUUCAGUCGAGCUGUCUCACCGAUAACAAAGGUGUCGUGACCAUCAGUGGCAAUCAGUGUGGUAACGGUAUCGUCGAAGAAGGUGAAGAUUGCGAUUGUGGUGGUGAGCAAGGUUGCAGUGGAAAUUCGUGCUGCAAUCCAACCACCUGCAAAUUCGCGGAAGGAGCCGUAUGUGAUUCAAGCAAUGAGGGAUGUUGUACAUCGCAGUGCCAGUUUGCUGCUGCGGGUGCUGUAUGCCGUGCAAGCACUGGUCAAUGUGAUCCACAGGAGACCUGCUCUGGCACUAAUGGCAGUUGUCCAGCAGAUACUACGGCUCCCGAUGGCAACGAUUGUGGCAGUGGCCUCAAGUGUGCAAGUGGACAAUGCACAAGUCGAGAUCUGCAGUGCAAGACCCUUAUGGGCAGCUAUACCGAAGGCAACGACACUUAUGCCUGUAAUAGUCAGACCUGCAGUCUAAGCUGUGCCAGCCCUGACUUUGGAUCGAAUGUGUGUUAUAGCAUGCAACAAAACUUUUUGGAUGGCACCGUCUGUGGUGGUGGCGGCCACUGCGAAAAUGGCGUGUGUCGUGGAAGCACCGUUGGCGGAGAAGUCAAGUCGUGGAUUGAUGACAACAAACCAUUGGUCAUUGGUCUGGCGAGUGCACUUGGAGGUCUACUGUUACUCGCCAUUCUUAGUUGUAUAGUUCGAUCAUGUCGACGGUCGAGACACAGAAAGACUGCUGGUAUGGCGCCUCAUCGAAACCGAAGAAAUUUGGGUGGAAAUCCACCUCGCGGCGGUUGGGAUGGUCCAGCUAUUCCACCUCAGAUGCAUGAUCGUGGGUAUGGAGGUAAUUACGCACCCUCGCCAGUACAAAUGCAACAAAACUCAGGCCCAUGGUAUCCUCCACAGCCUGCACCGAGCUACGGCGGUUGGCAACCAAGUGGGUAUGGUGGACCUCCACGAGGUCAAAGUGUUAGAUACGCUUGA